GUCAGUGUUGGGAAAAUAACCCGCGAAAAGUCCAGAGUAAAACAACGCUUCUCCGGAUGACAUCACGCACUCUCCGGUUAACGAAAAUGCCCGCCACUUCAGAGAUCCACACAGCAGAAAGCUGCAAACCGGAGAGCCGGCCAGCGGCGAAGGAGAAGAGGAGCUUCGGUGUUUUGUGUGAUGAACGCGGGUAUCUGGAUCAGAUCGAGUACAUCCUGCAGCACGGCCGCAGAAAGGGGGACCGGACCGGGACCGGAGUCAUCUCUGUGUUUGGGGCUCAGGCCAGAUAUAGUCUGCGAGAUCAGUUUCCCCUGCUGACAACCAAAAGAGUGUUUUGGAGAGGGAUCCUUGAAGAACUGCUGUGGUUUAUUAAGGGGUCAACGAAUGCCAAGGAGCUCUCAGAGAAAGGGGUGAAGAUUUGGGAAGCCAACGGGUCACGGGACUUCCUGGACAACCUCGGGUUCACAGAGAGGGAGGAGGGCGACCUCGGGCCUGUGUACGGUUUCCAGUGGAGGCACUACGGUGCCGAGUACAAAAACAUGCACGCAGAUUACACAGGACAAGGUGUCGACCAGCUGCAGAAGGUCAUCGACACCAUCAGAAAGAAUCCAGAGGACAGACGGAUCAUCAUGUGUGCCUGGAACCCCAAAGACCUGCCCCUCAUGGCUCUGCCGCCGUGCCACGCCCUGUGUCAGUUCUACGUGUGUGACGGCGAGCUGUCGUGCCAGCUGUACCAGCGCUCCGGCGAUAUGGGCCUCGGGGUGCCUUUCAAUAUCGCCAGCUACGCACUUCUUACCUACAUGAUCGCACACAUUACAGGGCUCAAGCCUGGCGACUUUGUUCACACUCUGGGAGACGCUCACAUCUACAUCAACCACAUCGAACCUCUGAAAGUGCAGCUGCAGAGAGAGAUCCGGCCCUUCCCCAAGCUGAAGAUCCUGAGAAAAGUGGAGAGUAUCGAUGAUUUCCGAGCGGAGGACUUUGAGAUCUGCGACUACAACCCUCACCCUACCAUUAAAAUGCAGAUGGCUGUGUAAAAAAAACACAAUUUAAUGGUGAUGAGGGAUAAAUUCAGUGUGUGUGGUAGUGGGGAAGUGCUUGAAAAUGUUUUAUCACGUUGCUUUAUAUGUACUGUAUGUGUCUUUCAUGAACCAUUUUUAGAAAGACUAUAUAUAUUUAAAAAGUUCAGUUCAUCAAAAUCACAAAUAGCUAACUGGUUUUUAUUUAAAAUUUGGUUCGUUAGUUUUCCAGUGAAAUGCCAGUUUGAGCCGUUUUAAUAUUAAUUUGCAAAUAAAGACGAUACAAGUGUCGGUUUGAUUUGUAGUGAAUUAUUGGCCCGACAGGAGCUGAACUGCACAACACAAGUUUCAUCUACAAAGGUUUGAGUUUGACGGUGU